AUGGCCCGGUUUGGUGACGAUGUCCCCGGGCUUUUGGGACCGGGAGACGGGGGAUCGGAGCGCAACAGGAACCGCGAUGGAGCGGCGGUGUCCACAGGUGGAAUCUCACCAGCCUUCAAGCAGACCAAAGCCCAGCGAGCCCGCACCAUGGCCCUGUACAACCCCAUUCCCGUCAGGCAGAACUGCUUUACCGUAAACAGAUCGCUGUUCAUCUUCGGCGAGGACAACGUUGUUCGUAAAUACGCCAAGAAGAUCAUUGAGUGGCCUCCGUUUGAGUACAUGAUCCUGGCCACCAUCAUCGCCAACUGCAUAGUGCUAGCGCUGGAGCAGCACCUCCCUGGAGAUGACAAGACACCCAUGUCGAAGAGACUGGAGAAAACGGAGCCCUACUUCAUCGGGAUGUUUUGUUUCGAGGCGGGAAUUAAAGUAGUAGCGCUGGGAUUUGUAUUCCACAAGGGCUCCUACCUGAGGAACGGCUGGAACGUCAUGGACUUCAUAGUCGUCCUCAGCGGGAUCCUGGCCACAGCUGGUGCACACAUGAACAUUCCGGUGGACUUGCGGACUCUGAGGGCAGUUCGGGUGCUCCGGCCACUCAAGCUGGUCUCUGGGAUUCCCAGCCUGCAGAUCGUGCUGAAGUCCAUCAUGAAGGCCAUGGUGCCGCUGCUGCAGAUCGGCCUGCUGCUCUUCUUCGCCAUCCUCAUGUUCGCCAUCAUCGGCCUGGAGUUCUACAGCGGCAAGCUGCACAGCACCUGCAUGGCUCUGCCCACCAUUCUGGACAACGAGACCCUGGACAUCUCUGACGUGGAGUAUCCCUGCGGCUUCCGGCAGUGCCCCAGCGGUUACAACUGCAGCGAGUACGCCUGGAUCGGCCCCAACGACGGGAUCACCCAGUUCGACAACAUCCUGUUCGCCCUCCUCACUGUAUUCCAGUGCAUCACCAUGGAAGGCUGGACCACAGUACUUUACAAUACCAAUGAUUCCUUAAACCCCACGUGGAAUUGGCUCUACUUCAUCCCUCUCAUCAUCAUUGGCUCCUUCUUCGUGCUCAACCUGGUCCUGGGAGUGCUGUCAGGGGAGUUUGCGAAGGAGAGGGAGCGGGUGGAGAACCGGCGGGCCUUCAUGAAGCUGCGGCGUCAGCAGCAGAUCGAGAGGGAGCUCAACGGCUACCGCGCCUGGAUCGACCGCGCAGAGGAGGUAAUGCUGGCCGAAGAGAGUAAAAACUCAGGGCCUUCUGCUCUGGAUGUGCUGAAGAGAGCCACCAUCAAGAAGAGAGGAGAGGCUAUUCACCGGCGGCCAGGGGACGAACAGUACACAGACAUCUCCUCCAUGGGUAUGCCCCUGAACAGAGCCAGCAUCCGGAGCGCCAGGCGCGGCCCCACCGCCUACUUCCGCCGCAAGGAGCGCAUGCUUCGCAUCUCGGUGCGCCGCAUGGUGAAGACGCACACCUUCUACUGGACCGUGCUGGGCCUGGUGGCCCUCAACACGCUCUGCGUGGCCAUCGUCCACCACGACCAGCCAGAGUGGCUCUCCAUCUUCCUCUACUAUGCAGAGUUCCUGUUCCUGGGCCUGUUCCUCAUGGAGAUGUUUUUGAAGAUGUACGGCCUGGGACCGCGCCUCUACUUCCACUCCUCCUUCAACUGCUUUGAUUGCGGAGUGAUCGUGGGGAGCAUCUUGGAGGUGCUCUGGGGUUUCUUCAGGCCCGGCAUGUCCUUCGGAAUCAGCGUCCUCAGAGCCCUGCGCCUGCUGAGGAUCUUCAAGAUCACCAAGUACUGGGCAUCUCUGCGGAACCUGGUGGUGUCCCUGAUGAACUCCAUGAAGUCCAUCAUCAGUCUGCUCUUCCUCCUCUUCCUCUUUAUCGUGGUCUUUGCCCUGCUGGGAAUGCAGCUCUUUGGUGGAAGGUUCACCUUCGAGGACUUCACGCCCACCAACUUCGAUACUUUCCCAGCCGCCAUCAUGACUGUCUUUCAGAUCCUCACAGGAGAGGACUGGAACGAGGUGAUGUAUGACGGGAUCCGCUCUCAGGGCGGAGUGAGGUCCGGCAUGUGGUCGUCCAUCUACUUCAUCGUCCUCACUCUGUUUGGGAACUAUACACUCCUCAAUGUAUUUUUGGCCAUUGCUGUGGACAAUCUGGCCAAUGCUCAAGAACUCACCAAGGAUGAAGAGGAGGAAGAGGCGGCAUUCAACCAGAAGCACGCCCUGCAGAAGGCCAAGGAAGUGGGGCCCAUGUCGUCCAUCAUGUCCUCAGAGCGCGAGCGGCGGCGGCGCUUGACCAUGUCGGUGUGGGAGCAGCGCACCAGCCAGCUGCGCCGCCACCGCCAGAUGUCCAGCCGCGAGGUCCUGUACAGCGGCAAGCCCGGCGAGGAGAACAACCACCAGGAGCUCCACCGCAAUGCCACGCUCUCCCCGACCGACGGCGGCUCGUGCCGGCUGCCCAAUCCUGUCAUCGCCCCCCUGGUGGCGGCGGCGGCAGCAGGCGCGGUGCCCGGGGAUGCCGCCGCCUCCACCGGAACAGGCACGGCUGCCACCCUGGCCAUGGAGCUGACGCUGGGGGAGAACCCGCUGACGCUGCCCGACCCACCGCUGAGCCUGCCGGAACCGCCGCUGCCCAUGGACCUCCCGCUGGCCGAGUCGCCGCCGGUAGCCGAGCUGCCCAGUCCCGAGGGGGCCUCCACGCCCGAGGCCAAGCCGCAGGCCGCGCCGGACGCCAAGCAGGGCAUCGCCAACCACUACCACCACGGGCUGGGCGCGCGGCGGGCGCACGCGGGCGAGCGGAGGCAGAGGGUGGCGCGGAAGAUCCGCUCGCCGGCGGGGGACACGCUCACGCCGGACAUGGGCGCGGUGAGGACCCGCAGGCCCCGGCAGUGCGCCGAGGGAAGGAACGGGCGGGAGGAGGAGCGCAGCCGCUCGGUCAGCCGGGAGAGAGCAGCGCCGGACGUGGCCGAGCAGGGGAAGGAGAACCACGAGGGAGGCACUGGUCAGAGAGAACCAUCCGGAAACGAGCAGAGCAGGCACAAUGACCCAGAAUUCUCUGCCUUUCCUGACCUCUUGUCCACCACGCCCGAGUCGAGUUCGCCCCGCGCCAGGAGGAGGGAGGAGCUCUCCCAAGACGACCCCGCGACGCUACAGCUCUCGGCUGACCUAGGGGCUGACCCCUCGGACGGCCUCAAGGGCAGCGGAGAGGGCGAUGGCAACGCCGACCCCUCCAGCCUGUGCCAGGACAAGUCCCCGCUCAGCAGCACCAUAGUCAUCGAGGUGACGGACGUGCAGACGUCCGCUCUGGAGCUGACCUCCAUGGGUGUCCGGUUGUGUGCUUCUGCAGGUAACACCAAAGACGUGGAGGCUGCAGUGAAGUCGGAGAAGGAGGAGGAAGAGGAGGCCAGUAAUCCACCCAAAGACAUCCCGUCCAACAGCAUGUUUAUCUUCAAACCCAACAACCCUGUCCGCAGGGCCUGUCACUACAUUGUCAACCUGCGUUACUUUGAGAUGUCCAUCCUGCUUGUGAUCGCCGCCAGCAGCAUCGCCCUGGCCGCCGAGGACCCCGUAGCCACCGACUCGGACUGGAACAAAGUUUUGCGAUACUUUGAUUAUGUCUUCACGGGGGUGUUCACCUUCGAAAUGAUCAUAAAGAUGAUUGAUCAAGGUCUGAUUCUCCAUGAUGGCUCGUACUUUCGGGACCUAUGGAACAUUCUGGACUUCAUCGUAGUGAUCGGAGCUCUAGUGGCCUUUGCGCUCACGAAUGUGAUGGGGAAUAAUAAGGGAAGGGAUAUAAAGACCAUCAAGUCACUGCGUGUGCUUCGAGUCCUGAGACCUUUGAAGACCAUCAAGAGACUUCCCAAGCUAAAGGCAGUUUUUGACUGUGUGGUCAACUCUCUGAAGAACGUUUUCAACAUCCUCAUCGUCUACAAGCUCUUCAUGUUCAUCUUUGCCGUCAUAGCUGUGCAGCUUUUCAAAGGGAAGUUUUUCUACUGCACAGACAGCUCCAAGGACACGCAGACGGACUGCAAGGGAUAUUACAUCGACUACGAGAAAGACAAGAAGGAGGUGAAGAAGAGGGAGUGGAAGAGGCACGACUUUCACUACGACAACGUGGUGUGGGCCCUGCUGACCCUCUUCACCGUCUCCACGGGCGAAGGCUGGCCGCAGGUUCUGCAGCACUCGGUGGACGUGACCGAGGAGGAUCGCGGUCCCAGCCGAGGGAACCGGAUGGAGAUGUCCAUCUUCUACGUGGUCUACUUUGUGGUCUUCCCCUUCUUCUUUGUGAACAUCUUCGUGGCCCUCAUCAUCAUCACCUUCCAGGAGCAGGGCGACAAGAUGAUGGAGGAGUGCAGCCUGGAGAAGAACGAGAGGGCCUGCAUCGACUUUGCCAUCGGCGCCAAACCACUGACCCGCUACAUGCCCCAGAACAGGCAGACCUUCCAGUACCGGGUGUGGCACUUUGUGGUGUCACCCUCGUUUGAGUACACAGUGCUGGCCAUGAUCGCCCUCAACACCAUAGUCCUCAUGAUGAAGUAUUACUCGGCCCCGCCAGCAUAUGACACGGUGCUGAAGCACCUGAACACUGCCUUCACUGUGCUCUUCUCCGUGGAGUGUGUGCUCAAGAUCAUGGCGUUUGGCUUCCUGAACUACUUUCGCGAUACAUGGAAUAUAUUUGACUUCAUUACCGUCCUUGGCAGCAUUACUGAAAUUAUAAUGGUGGACAUGCAGUCAACAUCCGUCAACAUGAGCUUUCUGAAGCUCUUCAGAGCAGCUCGGCUUAUUAAGUUGCUCAGACAAGGCUACACCAUACGAAUUCUACUCUGGACAUUUGUACAGUCCUUUAAGGCUCUACCUUAUGUGUGUCUGCUCAUUGCCAUGCUGUUCUUCAUAUACGCCAUCAUUGGAAUGCAGGUCUUUGGAAAUAUAAAGCUGGACGAGACGUCUCACAUCAACCAGCACAACAACUUCAAGACGUUCUUUGGAGCCCUCAUGCUUCUCUUCAGGAGCGCCACGGGGGAGUCGUGGCAGGAGAUCAUGCUGUCCUGUCUGGGGGGGAAGGACUGUGAGCAGGACCCCCUUAACAAAGGAGGCUGCGGCACAGACUUCGCCUACUUCUACUUUGUCUCCUUCAUCUUCUUCAGCUCAUUCCUGAUGCUGAACCUGUUUGUGGCGGUCAUCAUGGAUAACUUUGAGUACCUCACAAGAGACUCGUCCAUCCUGGGCCCUCAUCACCUGGAUGAGUUUGUGCGCAUCUGGGGGGAGUAUGACCGAGCCGCAUGUGGCCGCAUUCAUUACACUGACAUGUACGAGAUGCUGACGCACAUGUCUCCUCCUCUUGGCCUGGGCAAGAAAUGUCCUUCCAAAGUUGCUUAUAAGAGGCUGGUGCUGAUGAACAUGCCUGUGGACGACGAGAUGUCCGUCCACUUCACCUCCACCCUCAUGGCCCUGAUCCGCACGGCGCUGGAGGUCAAGAUCGCCCGAGGGGGAGAGGACAGAGGCCAGAUGGACAUGGAUCUGCAGAAGGAGAUCAGUGUGAUUUGGCCACAUCUCUCCCAGAAGGCUUUGGACCUGCUGGUGCCUAUUCAUAAAGCCAGUGACAUGACUAUUGGCAAGAUCUAUGCAGCCAUGAUGAUAAUGGACUACUACAAACAGAGUAAAGCCAAGAAGCUGAGACAGCAGCUGGAGGAGCAGAAACACGCCCCCAUGUUCCAGCGCAUGGACGCCUCGUCUCUGCCUCAGGACAUUCUCAGCAAUGCCAAAGCCCUGCCCUUCCUUGCUCACAGCACUGGCUCUGCCCUGACCAGGGGCGGAUUUGGGGCCUUGAGUCCCAUUUCUCCCCAGGAGUUGUUCAUGCCGCCCAUGACAUGCCACGACGUGGAGGAGCAGGAAGAGACAUACCACCACCACUACCACGGCCACCACCUGCACACGAUGGUGCCGGAGAGCAAAGACUUUAAUCCCAUCCUUUGCCCCACUAACAGGCAGGGCUCGCCGCUCGAGGUGCCUGGCCGGGCAGUGUCCAUCCGGGCCUCCUCGAUGCCGCGGCUGGCCAUAGAACCACAGGUGUCCACUGAGAGUACUCUGAUGAAGCGCUCUUUCUCCACUAUCGGAGACCAGUGUGUGAAUGACCUGUGGCAGGAGGAGUACUCUCUGGAGAGGAUCAGCCCUGACCAGCUCCAAAGGCCACGCCAGCGCAGCUUCAGAGCCAUCAGGUCUAACCACAGAGAGCCGCUGGACAAGGAGAGGGGACGUUCCAAAGAGCGCCGCCACCUCCUCUCGCCGGACGUGUCCCGCUGCAAUUCCGAGGAGCGCAGCCAGCACCCGUCACGGGAGCGCAAGCAGUCCCGCUCACCCAGCGAAGGACGGGCACGUUCUCCACUGAAACAGGGGAUCAACUCUGUGAGCCCCAACCCGUCCAACUCAGAGAACAGCACCCCCCGUGGUCGCCGGCAGCUCCCCCAGACGCCCUCCCGGCCUCGGCCGCACAUCUCCUACUCCCCCCUGGUGUGCCGAGCGCAGCUUCCCCCUCUGGCCUCUGCCGAGGCGCACCCCAGGACUCAGACAGAGGCCGCCGAGGCCGAGGAGCCGAGGCCGGGCGCGGGGCUGGCGGGGGGCAGUGUGGGGCUCGGACCCGCCCUGGGGCCCUCGGCGGGGCUCCCGAGUCUCGGCGCUCCAGUGGUGUCGGCGGCAGCAGCCCUCCACUUGUCCCCCCAGCGCUACAUCUCAGAGCCAUACCUGGCCCUCCACGAGGAGCUCCACAGCCUGGAGGGGGCGAGCGCGGAGGAGACUCUCACCUUCGAGGCGGCCAUGGCCACCAGCCUGGGCCGCGCCAACACCAUCAGCUCGGCGCCGCAGCUGCGCCACUCCUGGCAGGUGCCCAACGGCCACUUCCGCAAGCGCCUCGGCCAGGCGUCCUCGAGCGCCGCCUGCGACCUGCUGAGCGACACCGACGAGGACGACCGCUGCUAGGACCCCCCGCGCGGAGGGGGGGAAGGACGGAGUGUAUGCAUGUUCGCCCCGGAGGACUGAGGGACAGGUGAACCCUAAAAAGAGAGAGAGGAUAGAGGACUAAAAAAGAGAGAGAGAGAGAACGAAACACAGAAAUAAAGACGAGAAGAAGGAGAGGCCAGAAGUAAGAGCUCGGGUCAUAGGUAGCUAGACUUCAACCACGUGUUUCAACAUGUUCUGUGUUCUGUGUGUGGGAACUGAGCUUCACUUGCCAAAAUUGCAAACAAAAAUCUGAUCUGCAGGCGAGUGUGAGGCAAGCAUAGGCCUCGGUCUUGCUGAUCAGAGAUAGGGCUGGGCAGUAUAUCACAUUAAUCAGAUUGAUUCAAGUUCAGAUUAAAGAAGAUCUAUGUGAAUAAUCAGCUGCCUCUCAGACACCAGCAGCAGAACUUGUCUGGAG